AUGCGCUUGUCUCUCGUGUCUUCGACCUCUACUUCAAACCGGUGAGAGCUAACCUCCUCGAUCACAAGCUGUGUGUGUUUGAGUAACAUAAAUAAUUGUGACAAUUCGGUACAGCGGACCUUUAAGUCAACGUCAGCACCUUUUUGAUUGACCUGACCACUACACGUCCCUUCAUCAUGUAUGCCUGUGCUAAGUUCGUCUCCACGCCCUCUCUGGUCCGUGCCGGUUCUCGGGCUCUGUACAGACCACUCUCUGCAGCAGUAGUCUCUGAUGCCAGGAAAGCAGAAACUGCUUCACUCCUGGCACCACAGAGUGCUGUAGCCUCCCUGCAGCAGGUGGCGGUGAGGGCUUUUCAGACAAGCGCUGUAAGCCGUGACAUCGACACUGCUGCAAAGUUCAUCGGAGCAGGAGCUGCUACUGUGGGAGUGGCUGGAUCUGGAGCUGGAAUUGGAACGGUGUUCGGUAGUCUUAUUAUUGGAUAUGCCAGGAACCCGUCUCUGAAGCAGCAGCUGUUCUCCUACGCAAUCUUGGGCUUCGCUCUGUCUGAAGCUAUGGGUCUUUUCUGUCUGAUGGUUGCAUUCCUUAUUCUGUUUGCCAUGUAAACCAGGCAGGCCUUUUCAAAAGAAAGAUCUAUGAAGAGACACAUGGUAAUGAGCAUUAGCAGUCUGAGAUGUCUUUGAAUGUUAGGGUAAUGUCAACUUGUUGUGGUGCUUAUUCUUGUUCAUUGGAAUCUCAAAAGAUUGUGAACUCACAGAUUUAUGGAACUCUGGCAAAACCAUUUCAUUUUAAAUGAUGUUUUUGCCAUUACAUUGUAUAUUUAAUCAAAGGUUUUUGUUAACAAAUAUUCAACCAAUAAAAAAAGUAAAAUGUUAA